UCCCCUGCCCUUACCACCCAGCUCUAUCAGCUAUAGAGACCCAUCUGCCACUUUCAGUUCUUGGCUGACAGUAUUGUAACAGGAGUACCAAAAAAAGAAUUCCACUUCUUUAUGCCGGCGCUAAGAAUGAUAGACUCUCUUGUCUAAUGGAAUGAAGGAGUUCGUAUCAUUUUGAGAAGAAGAACCAUUCCUGACCAACUUAUAGGGCAGAAACUACAGCGUAUAGGUAUGUAUGUAGGGAAGCUUUGCUUGUAGGUUUUUCACACUUCACUUGCUCGACCAAAGGAAUAGGAAUAGAGAGUCAAUGCAUCUAUCUUAGUCUGCUUCUGCGUCUGAAAUUCAUUCUUUUGCGCCUCAGCCUUCCAGCCUUCUAAGCGAGGAGUCAGCUAGUUCUCUUAUCAACGGCAAUCUCAUAAAGCCGCUCUAUCAUACAACUAAAACAUCGAGGAAGCUGUUUUACCCGAACCCAAAUAGUCGACGCUGAUCACAGGUCUCGACGAGCCUGAUCUUUGUUUUGGAAAAGGAAGAAUCCAUUUCCGUAAUAUGAUGAGUAGAAGCACUAUUCAAUUACAGCUUUCACUCCCUGCACUACUACUGUUAACAUAUCCCUGUGAAAUUAAAGGGACUUCCUUACUGACUUAUCUAACUAAAGUAAUCUUUAAUGAAAAUAGAUAGUCAUUGAGGCAAGCAGCCAAGGAACUAGCUCGACGCCGCAAACGUGAGUAUCUUGGUACUGACCGGCCAUUCUGAUAGAGGAGACCUACUCUAAGCCAAGAAAGAAGAAAUAGCCUACAUAGUAUAUGCAGCCAUUUUGUUGACUAAUGCUUACGCGUUUUGUGAAUCUUUUGAAUAUCUAAAUCAAUAUCAAAAGAAUUUCUUCUUGAGCGUAUGCAAUCGGUGAAGAGGUUGAGGCCUUCGUUCGGUACAGGGCAUGAAGCCCCCAUACAUCUUUGUACAUUCAUGGUCUUUACACCAAAUGUUGAAGAAGCCUUCAGGGAUGAAGCAACAAGAAGGAUGAAGAAAAAAAGCCAAAGACACCCCCCCAAAGAAAGAAAGGAAGGCUCAACAAACUCUCCUGUAAGUGUGAGGCCUCGGUAAGCAAAAAGCUAUAAGUCGAAAAUCAUCUAGGUCCGUUGAUGAAUCUCUUUCCUGGGUGACUAGGCUGAUGCUACUGAACUCGCCGGGGAGUACCGUGUGGAAGGACUUUUCGAGAUCGUCAGCGGGUCAUCCCCCUUCUUUCGGCCCCCCUUUCGUAUUCCGUUCUGUCAACUCCGAUGGAUUGCUUCUUUGCGUCGGGUAAGGAUUUUCCCUUCUGGUUGGCGGGUCGUAACGUAAAGUGGUCUCCAAGUGCUCAUGCUGCUCCACCCUCUUUAUAUUGUAACAAGAGAGAAAGCGGUUCGUAUUCAAAGUCAGGACUUGAGAUGGCGGAGAUGGUAUAUUAUAGACGCUAGGGAUGCCCCGUUCAUGACGAAUUCAUUUGUCAACCUCUUGCCAGAAGGUGCGCUAGCAAGAUCGAGAACACUCCUUUUUGGUUCAACUCCAAAAUACCUUGUUUCAUUCUUUUCGGUCACCCUUCCCCUUCCUGUAUCGCUUGUUAAGAAAGAGCCCGCCCCUUUCUUCAAUUCAAUGAGUAGCCGCGCUAGAGUCCGGUCGUUAGCUGACCCUAGGACCUUUCUUUUUCUAAGCGGAAUACGAGCCGGGGCGAGCCACACCACAGUGUAAAUGAGACAGACGUGAAUCAAUAUGCGUUGAACCAGUCAUACAUACGGCAUAUGGGGAAAGGGAAAUAGCGUCUGAGAUGUGCGCUAUAAGACUUCCUACCCCUUAGCAUGAACCUCUAGCGACCUAGCUAAUUACGGAUGCGGAUGACCAAAGAAGCAAACCGGCUAUUCCUUCAGAAGGCAUGGACUCCAGGGCAAACCACUCUUCCUAUCUGAUUGGUUUACCAAGAUCCGGCUUACCUGACUUUGAGGGGGGAGCUUAUGCUCGGUGCAAUCCAUACUCAUGAGAGGUCCUAUUCCUAACGUGACUCGUCCUUUCACCGUAAGUUCUGACUAUUCUAUUCACUCCACAUUGAAUAAAGCAGAAGAGACGGAGGAAAGAGGAUUGGGCAUUUAUUAGGCUUUCUUUGAUCCUUCAUUUCUCGACUAAGACUUUUUGUCAUAUCAUCAAUUCCAUCCAAUUCGUUUCUCUUUUCUUUUAUAAGAGAAUCAUGGAUCCGGGCUCAGAGCGGAAAAUUUCAUUUGAAAGAGCAUCCAAUGGUUAGCGUUCGGCAACGAGUGCCUCAGACGCUGUGUGGUCUACUCUACCUCAAUUCACCAUUUCGAACCCUCCCCGUUAUGACUUAGAGCAUCCCUCACGUCUUAUAAGUGACUUGCGAAAGGAAGGACAAGUUGGUUUGAGGACCCGUUGGUCAAAGGAAAGAUGGAAACAGGGGAGUUGGCUGAUAAAGAUGGACAGUAACGAUCGCGUAAUAUCCAUUUUUCGGCCUCGUCAUCGAAAGCGUCUUCCAAUUGCUCGGAAAUUCUCAGCUAUAUGGGGGGCUUGGAUGGUGAGCAAAAACAAUUGAUCACGAAGUUGGUCAACUUUCGCAUGAAAGAAGGUAAAAGAACAAGAGUUCGUGCUAUUGUUUAUCAAACUUUUCAUCGCCCAGCCCGAACUGAACAAGAUGUAAUCAAACUUAUGGUUGACGCCCUAGAGAAUAUAAAGCCCAUAUGCGAAGUGGAAAAAGUAGGAAUAGCAGGUACUAUUUAUGAUGUCCCCGGGAUUGUAGCCAGGGAUCGUCAACAAACCUUAGCUAUUCGUUGGAUCCUUGAAGCAGCUUUCAAACGACGUAUAAGCUACAGGAUAAGCUUAGAGAAAUGUUCAUUUGCUGAGAUACUGGAUGCUUACCGAAAGAGGGGAAUUGCACGUAAGAAAAGGGAGAAUCUUCAUGUACUGGCUUCCAAAAAUCGAAGUUUCGCGCAUUUCAGAUGGUGGUAAAGUGAGACCACAUAAAGAGCUCUUCCUCAUUCAGUCAAAUUAUUCAGUAAGAUAUGGUUCCUUUUUGUUUGAAUCUUCAUAUAGAAAGCCGGCUUCCUCAUACUUCUCCCUUCAUUCAUUGAGUUGGAGGAAUCCAUAGGAGGCCCGCCCGUUAUGCAUUGCAUGAAAGAGCCUUUCUUUCUACGACUUCUCUUUUGCCCCAGGUCGAAUGAGAAAGGGAGAUCAACCCAAAAAUAGGCCAUGAAUGAAGAAGUAGCGGGCCUUUCAUCCUCUUUCUAGUGACUCUCGGGGAGAGCUGAUCUAAUAAAUGCACUUCAAAGGGAGGGAAGCUAGGUUUCCCAUUUCUUAUUCUGAGAAGGAUCGUUUGUUUCUGUAUACUUGCGUCUUAGGACUACCCUUUGUAAUGACCCCGUUGAGCUACCUUUUUCUUUUCUUGCCGGGUCUAUUUCAUUUUCCAAAAGAAAACUAGAACCUGAUUUCCUAAUUAGCUUGGGAUCUUAUUUGAUUACUAGGUGGAUGUCAGGUCCAACCAAAGCACUGCUUAUUGAAUAACUUCACUUCAGCACCACCCUAUGAGCAGCGAAGUCUGUUGUUGGGAAGGAAAAGCUUUCUAUCCAUUCUCUGGCCAGUCAUUCUCAUGAUUGUUUUCUAUGGCCAUGAUCGUUCGUUUUAAGUCCCUUUCUCUGCCGUUCACAUGUUCUUACCCAAAUAGGACUCAAUCGGAGGUUUUCCAAGCACGAAAACUACCAUACAAUGGAAAUCAAGCUGUUCCUAUCCCACCCAGUCAUGUUCAACUUCGAAGCUUCUUUGAUCAAAAUCUUGUUUUUCAUAGGCUGUCUGCUUUCUAUCUUCCUAACAAAAACACUCUUUUUAGAAGUUAGCUUUACCUAUGGAUCUCGGCGCCUUUCAUAGUAGAAUUUGAGAUCCGCAGGCUAUGAAAGAUCUAGCGUCUUGCUUGUAAUAAGUAGUCAUCUUCGGUCACUUAGAACCCGGAGAACAGGGAUGAUACCUUUCUGCUCGCUCUCACCAUGAAGAUAGAUUGGCAAAUAGACGGAGACGAGAGGCUAGACGAGCACUGUGCGUAUGAUUUAUUGUGCUCUUUGCAAAUGAGACUUUCUUAGACCAUUUCCCACACUCAACGGAUGGUUUUUCUCCUUCUGGUGCAAUCAUGCAUGCCACCUAUAUAAGGUAAAGGGCGACCCCUUAUUCCGAGAAACCCAAGGUGGUAUACGAGUAUAGACGGUUAUUGAGAUCUAGCUUUAGCUCGUGAUGACGAGAAAGUGGCUCAAAAAGUAGCUACAGCGGAGCGGUAGUUAUUGGCUCAAUCAAGUGCACUCCGUUCACCCCCCUUUUUUUAUUGAUUCAUGAAAUUCUAGAUCUGACUUUGUUCGACUGGAAUAUGGAAUCAGCCAGAGCUGGCAAUUGUCCCUUAAAGUCAGUGAUGGCCGCUUGCAAAUCAACUGGGAAAUCCUGGUGUUGGCUGAGUGUUGUGAGCACUGCUGUCAAUUCCACUUCAAAAUUGGGAAGAUCUGUGGGGUCAUUCCAUAGCAGAUUGAUCAAGGAUUGUUUUCUUUCCUCUAAAGUUUGUUCUGGCAGACUUUAUGAAGUAAUGGGAGUGGUUCCUGAAGAUGUACCUUCUUAUUCUGUCACAGAAGUCACAACAUUCUGGAAGAAAUCACUUAGAAUAGAACUCCAACCAUUCUACUUAUGGAAACCGCUUGCCACCGGGAUCAGCCAGUUGUCAAUUCAUUUUGCUUCGGAAAUAGAGGCAACAAAGCCACCCUACUUAGAUAUCCCCCGAUCGCGUUAUUGGAUUAGUCAACUUUCUAUCUGAACCAGACCCUUGCCCUUGCAUUGAAUGCAAUAUUUUUCAAAAACUUUCCAGAAGGACGUUCGCCAAACAAAAGAGUGGAAAUGUAUUAUUUACUUGAUUCCAAAGGUUCUUAGCCAACCGUUGACCGAGACUACCCGCUUGCUCAUUUGCUUACUACGAUGUUCACUUACGCGGGUCAGAUUCGAGAUUCUUGGCCUGCUGGUUCAUUUUCUGUUGGUGGAGUGGCAACGACCCUCUACUCUUGAACUUUCAAGGCUCUUAUUCGUUGAAGCCUUCAGAGAGAAAUCGGGGUAUCACCCCAACAUAGGGAGUGAAGCAGUGUCAAAAUACCCAAUCAGUUAGUUGGGUCGGCAUCGGUCCACCUAGCCAAGGCUUGUCUAAAAACCCAAGCAUCCCAUCCUUUUGUCUUGGCGAUCCUACAACACUUCUCUUCUAUGCCCCUUGUAGUGACCUUUAAGCCACUUUCUCCGCCUCUUUCUCAGUAUUUCCCAUUGAGUCAUCCCUCGUCUGUUUUGCUGCCUUUUAUGAGGCCCAGGAGUUCAAGCUUUCCCUUAUGCUUGUGUUCUUCCCCCUCUUGGUCUGGUUUACGGUGCACCCACUCGAACCAGUUCUUCCUUCUUUAGCUUAGCAGCAGGUAUGUGAGUCGGAGGUUUAGCAUGAGCUGAUUAGCUGGAUUGGGGUUCGACCCCUGCCACAGAAACAUAGGCUUGGGGUGAGGUUCAUUCUUUUUCAUGAAAUAGGACAGCUCUUCAUAUCUCUUAUAAUAAUAAUGAGUUGGUCUCUUUUUCCACAGACUACUUCUCUCUAUAGGCUUUCGCAGCAUUUCUGUUCCGACAUUGAAUAGAGUUCUGAUCUUCCGACAUCUCACUCGUAAACGUCUAAUCUGCCUUCCCUAAGCUUCAUGUCUUCUCGCACGCGCGCACCAAUCCUGGGUAGCAUUCCGUGCUUGACUAUUACUGGUAUCUGUUUAAGUCCUAUUGUAAGACCUAUCUGCACUACUACCUCCUUCCUUUACCUCUCUCUGCUGGUCCGGGUACUGGUGUAUUUCUUACUAGUGCUUAUGGUAGUAGGCCGGCACGCAAGCCUUAAUGAUUGUUUUUUUUGACAGC